CGCGCCGGCCCCCAUCCUUCCCACUUUGGGCGGCAGCUCCACUGGGUCUGUAAGGAGCGUGUGUUGUUCCUCCUUUCCUCUGGGCGCCCAGUGAAGGCGGGUUGAUCAGGCUGAUCGCCCUGGGGCAACCCUCGGCCCCGCGAUCUCCUCGGCAGCUCGAGGUUGACAGCCGGGUUCUGGAGGGCGGGGGUCUGAGGAGCCGCAUCCAGGCAGCGCAGCCGGGGACUACAACUACCAGGCGGCAUUGCAGCGGCGGCGCGCACGUCACUCUGGCACCGCCGGCGGCCCCGGGAGGCGGCGCGGGCGGGGGGCAGAGGCUGGGGCCGAGCGGGAGGCGGGUGCAGAGCAUGGGGGUCACCCAGCCGCCCCGCGCGUGAGGAGGCCGAGGGGCGCGCCACCCCGUCUCGGGGCGGGCGCCCCCAGGGUCGCUCCAGCCCCGCCCCGCCCCGCCCCGCCCGGCGGCCGUGGCCCGGGAUGCGGAGCCGGGGGCCGCCGGUGGAGCUGCGAGGGGAAGGGGGCCGCCGGCUGCCCUCGUCCCCCACCGGCGGGCCCCGGCUGCCAGCCGCGAGCCUUAGCGCCCCGCCUCCCGCGGGGGACAGGUGAACGCGCCGCCCCACCCCCACCGCGCCCCUCGCGGACGGCGGCGUCCGAGGGGCCGCCCCAGCCCUUCCCCAGGGGCCGCUUCCGGCUCCUGCGCCGUCGGGGCCCCGCAGCCAUGGCCCCCAGGAGCCCCCGGGCCCCCGCGGGGACCCGCCGCCGGGGCCCGCCCUCCGCACCCCGCGGGCAGCCCGCGUGAGGGCCCCCCCCAUGGAGGAGGAGCCGGGGGGCGCGGCGGCCGGCGAGUGGACCGCCGUGUUCGACUACGAGGCGGCGGGCGACGAGGAGCUGACCCUGCGGCGGGGCGACCGCGUGCAGGUGCUGUCCCAGGACUGGGCCGUGUCGGGCGACGAGGGCUGGUGGGCCGGGCGGCUGGCCAGCGGCCGCGUGGGCGUCUUCCCCAGCAGCUACGUGGCCCCCGCCGCCCCCGCCGCCCCCGCCGGCCUGCGGCUGCCCCUGGAGAUCCCCUUCCACGAGCUGCGGCUGGAGGAGAUCAUCGGCGUCGGCGGCUUCGGCAAGGUCUACCGGGGCCUGUGGCUCGGCCAGGAGGUGGCGGUCAAGGCCGCGCGGCUGGACCCCGAGCGCGACCCGGCGGUGACGGCGGAGCAGGUGCGCCAGGAGGCCCGGCUCUUCGGAGCCCUGCAGCACCCCAACAUCAUCGCCCUCCGGGGCGCCUGCCUCAGCCCCCCACACCUCUGCCUGGUGAUGGAGUAUGCCAGGGGGGGCGCGCUGAGCAGGGUGCUGGCCGGUCGCCGGGUGCCCCCUCACGUGCUGGUCAACUGGGCCGUGCAGGUGGCCCGGGGCAUGAACUACCUGCACAACGAUGCCCCCGUGCCCAUCAUCCACCGGGACCUCAAGUCCAUCAACAUCCUUAUUCUGGAGGCCAUCGAGAACCACAACCUCGCAGACACGGUGCUCAAGAUCACGGACUUUGGCCUUGCUCGUGAGUGGCACAAGACCACCAAGAUGAGCGCGGCGGGGACUUACGCCUGGAUGGCUCCAGAGGUCAUCCGUCUCUCCCUCUUCUCCAAAAGCAGUGACGUCUGGAGCUUCGGGGUGCUCCUCUGGGAGCUGUUGACGGGUGAGGUCCCCUAUCGUGAAAUCGACGCGUUGGCUGUGGCAUAUGGCGUGGCCAUGAACAAGCUGACUCUGCCUAUCCCCUCCACGUGCCCCGAGCCCUUUGCCCGCCUACUGGAGGAGUGCUGGGACCCAGACCCCCAUGGUCGGCCAGAUUUCCGCAACAUCUUGAAGCAACUUGAAGUCAUCGAGCAGUCAGCCCUGUUCCAGAUGCCUCUGGAGUCCUUCCACUCGCUGCAGGAAGACUGGAAGCUGGAGAUUCAACACAUGUUUGAUGACCUCCGGACCAAAGAGAAGGAGCUGCGGAGCCGGGAGGAGGAGCUGCUGCGGGCGGCACAGGAGCAGCGCUUCCAGGAGGAGCAGCUGCGGCGGCGGGAGCAGGAGCUGGCCGAGCGCGAGAUGGACAUUGUGGAGCGGGAGCUGCACCUGCUCAUGUGCCAACUGAGUCAGGAGAAGCCCAGGGUCCGCAAGCGCAGGGGCAACUUCAAGCGCAGCCGCCUGCUCAAGCUGCGGGAAGGUGGCAGCCACAUCAGCCUGCCCUCCGGCUUUGAGCACAAGAUCACAGUCCAGGCCUCUCCAACCCUGGACAAGCGGAAAGGGUCAGAUGGGGCCAGCCCCCCAGCCAGCCCUAGCAUCAUACCCCGGCUGAGGGCCAUUCGCCUGACUCCGGUGGACAGUGGAGGUUGUAACAGCAGCGGCAGCAGCAGUGGUGGCAGUGGGACCUGGAGCCGCAGCGGGCCCCCAAAGAAGGAAGAACUGGUUGGGGGGAAGAAGAAAGGGCGGACUUGGGGGCCCAGCUCCACCCUGCAGAAGGAGCUGGUUGGCGGAGAGGAGAGGCUGAAGACGUUAGGUGAAGGAAGCAAACAGUGGUCAUCCAGUGCCCCCAACCUGGGCAAGUCCCCCAAACACACCCCCAUCGCCCCUGGCUUCGCCAGCCUCAAUGAGAUGGAGGAGUUCGCGGAGGACGGAGGCAGCAGCGUGCCCCCCUCGCCCUACACCGCCCCGUCCUACCUCACGGUGCCGCUCCCCGCAGACCCCAGGCCGGGCCCGCGCUCGCCCAUGGCCUCCGCGCCCCCCCUGCGGCCCGGGCCGGGCGGGCGGCGCUGCGAGCUGGCGCUGCUGGGCGCGGCCGCGUUGCUGGGCGCCGUGGGGCUGGGCAGGGACCUGGCAGAGGCGCGUGUGGCCGACGAGGAGCACCGGCGCUGGCUCGACAGCCUCUUCCCCCGCGCCGGCCGCUUCCCGCGGGGCCUCAGCCCGACCGGCCGCUCCCCCCGCCGUGACCCCACCGGGCCCAGCCCGGGCCCGGGCCUGGCGCCCUCGGCUACCCUCCUGUCGCUGUCUUCAGUGUCCGACUGCAACUCCACGCGCUCGCUGCUGCGCUCCGACAGCGAUGAGGCCGCGCCGGCCGCGCCCUCCCCGCCGCCCUCGCCGCCCAGCGCCAACCCCCUGGUGGACCUGGAGCUGGAGAGCUUCAAGAAGGACCCCCGCCAGUCUCUCACGCCCACCCAUGUCACGGCCGCUCGCAACGUCAGCCGCGGCCACCGCCGCACGCCCUCGGAUGGGGCGCUGGGGCAGCGGGGGGCACCCGAGCUGGUGGGCACCCGCCUGGGCCUGAGACCCCCCAUGGACUUCCCCCGUCUGCCUGAUCCCCAGGCCCUGUUCCCGGCCCGUCGACGGGCCCCUGAGUUCCCUGGCCGCCCUACCACCCUGACCUUCGCUCCAAGACCCCGGCCAGCUGCCAGCCGUCCCCGUCUGGACCCCUGGAAACUUGUCUCCUUCAGACGGACACUUAGCAUCUCUCCUCCCAGCAGGGGGGACACUCCAGAGCCAGAGAGCCCCGGGCCCCCCAGUAUGCAGCCCACACUGCUCGACAUGGACAUGGAGGGGCAGAGCCAGGACAGCACAGUGCCCCUGUGUGGGGCCCAUGGCUCCCACUGAGGCCUGCCCCCUCCUGAAGCCCGCCUGGGCAGCCAUGAAUGUAGCGUCCCAGGCCCCGCCCCAGCUCACCAAGCCACAAGGCAGGGGAGACCCUGGGCAGGAGACUUGCUCUAUUUAUUGGGGAGGGU